ACCACACUCAGACAGUGUGUUAGUACACUCUCCACAGAGGAGUGGUAGAAGGCCAGCAGCAGCUUCCUGUCCAGAUUGGUUUUCCUGAGGAAACCAUCAGAGACCGUGAACGGCUGGUUGUCAGUGAUCAUCUCUAUGACUAGUUUGUCCAUUCGACCUGUCAUCUGAGUUUGUCCACGUUCUUUGUUUCUGAAACGUCCUCUGUUGUUGGCUGAGAUGAAGUUGCCUCAACCCGAUGAGAUUCAGAUUCACAUUUCUUCUGUGCUGUUUCAUACAACUCAGGGUGAUGAAUCCUAAGAUGGGACCACAGGUUUGAAGUGUUUUUGGUUUUUGCUGUUGUUGCUCCCAUGCUGACACCUUCAAUGCAUGUAUUACAGACUGCCUUCCCUGGUGUUGGUUUAAGUUAAUACUUUUAAACUGUCCAUCUGCAAUAAGGGUUUGAAAAAGGAGAGAGAGUUAAAAGCAGGGCCACAUGCUGACAAAUGCUCAGCUCAUCAUGCUUAAUUUAUUACAGCAUUUGGGAAGCCUGUAGUUGAUUUUCUGAUGUAAAUCUAACAAUGUGUCAUUUCCUGCUGCUUGGGAUCUCUCAGUCAACACAGGAAAAGGUCAAGUAAAAUAACUUGGUAGUUAAACAGCCAUUAUUGCCCUACAGUUUUCUCUCAGACAGACGGUGCUUUGCUGUCAGUUUCUGCAGCUUCUCAUGUGGCCUACACACACACACACACACACACACACACACACACUAUUCUUCAUUGUGCUUCCCUGCAAUAAAACUAACUGAAUUUUACUCUCUCUCUCACACACACAUACUUCUACUAUCACGGACUGUUUCCCUAUCGAUAUUAUCAGCAACCUUGUUUCAAGUGAUUAACAGUCUGGAGGGACUGUGAGCGAGCAGAGCUGCUGCCUGUGUUUAUGUGACGUUAUUAGACUCACAGUAAUGUUACUAGUAGCUGUGAGUUGUAGAGGACUGGGAUGUUUAUUACAGUUUGGGAGAGUCUGCUGCCUUAACUCACCUUCCAAACAUAUCUCUGCUCUCCGGAGCUUCUCCACUCUGCAAAGCUUUUCCUCCUCUCUGCUGUGUGUGUGAGCUCUGUGUAACCAAUCAGACGGAGCUGUGGGCGGGACAAUGCUGGAGACAGGUAGUGACUGCAGACAGAGAGGCUGCAUCAGAGCCAGAAUAACCCAGUUUUACAUUGAUCUCUUAUCGGCCGGAGGAUUAAAAAAGGCCGAUGCCGAUAUUCAGCAUUUUGACGCAUUAUCGGCCCGGGCGAUAAUCGGUCUAAUUCAUGAGGUCUGAUAAAGGCUGAUAAAGAGCAGUUAUCUGUGUCUGAUGCUCAUACAGGAUAACCCCCGCCCCCCCACACACAGUCUGAACUUUGCUCUUUUCUGCUUCUGCGUUGCUCAAUCUGUUGUAGGCAAUAAAACAACACUCUGCUCUGCACAGACAGUGGAAGGUUACACUUUGUGUCAGAGAGUGUUCAUCUGCAGUUCCCACCUGACCACAACAGCUUCCUGCUUUCUGAAGGGAACAGAAACUAAACUGACGUGUCAAACUGCACGUCUCACAUAUAGAAAUAAAGAGUUCAGGUGGUUAAAGUCAAUAAUUCACUGGUGAAAAUAAUCAGUCCUGUCUGUGCUCUGAGUGUUAGUCCCUCCUCCUGAGACAGUUAACAGGCACUUUAACAGGAUGAAGAGUCAGAAAACACAUGAAGAUGAGUGAAGCUGCUCAGCCAUUUACUCUACAGUCAAACAGCUGCGUCACCGGAAACUAAUGAAAGAGAAACUAAAGUUUCCUCUGAAGAGGAAGAGAAGUCACAAGUGUCUGUGAACAGAAAUGGUGAAAACGGUGUUUUUGAAGCCUUAGUCAGUUCAGUAAGAAGCUGAUUGAAGGGGACUUUGUUGGAGUUUCUUCCAGGAAGAUGAAGAUGUUGGUGGUGUUUGUGAUCCUCCUGCACGUUUCCCAGCAUGCCUUCACUGUGGAGGUGUAUGAGGGGGCGGAGUCAGUCCUGCUGUCCUGUCAGAUCUCCUCUGUUCCUGGGUUCCCCACAGUGAUGUGGAGCCGCUUCGAUCUCCGUCCUUCAACCGUCCACCAGAGAAACCAGAGAGGUGAGAUCCUUAGAGACCAGAACCAGCGUUACAGAGACCGAACAUCAGUGAAGACUGACGCUCUGAGGACUGGAGACCUCAGCCUCACUCUGAGGAAACCCCGCCUCUCUGACAGCGGCACCUACACCUGCACCAUCACAGCGUUUGGAAAUGAGCGGAGACUGGCAGACGUUCAGCUGCAGGUCAAAGUUUCCCAGCAUGCCUUCACUGUGGAGGUGUAUGAGGGGGCGGAGUCAGUCCUGCUGCCCUGUCAGAUCCCUUUUGUACCUGAGGACACCACAGUGAUGUGGAGCUGCUUCGAUCUCAAUCCUACAACCGUCCACCAGUGGACGGAGGAAGGUGAUGACCUUAGAGACCAGAACCAGCGUUACAGAGACCGAACAUGGAUGAAGACUGACGCUGCGGGAAACUGGAAACCUCAGCCUCACUCUGAGGAAACCCCGCCUCUCUGA